CUUCACUGGACCCUUCCCCUAGUUCAGGACUUUGAAAAACGCCUCAGUGGCGGGUCAGGGCGUGUAGGGGGGGCGUUGCAGGAAAGUGGGGAGAUGGAUUUUCCUGCCAAGGGCUCCCCAGUAGCCCAGUCCUAGACCAAGGGGCAUCAGGUGUAUUCAAAGAGGGGGUACUGUGGGGGAAAGCUGAAGCAGGUGGCUCCAAAGCCCAAGACAGAAGGGUAGAGGGCAGAAGGGCUGGAGGUUGAAGGCACAGAGGCUUUAGACAGAGCACACGCAAUGUCUGGGGUUCCCACAGGAGGAUUUAUGGGGUCUGGCACAACAGCUACUGGAGAAGCUAGGACUGAUGGGGAGAGGGAUAGUCCAGACCUCCUGUGCCUCAAGUAAAGGACAGAUUUAGGGAGCCUGGGAGAACAUCAGAUAAUCAGGUCCCAGCCUCCUCAGACAGAAGGAUCUCCAUUAUCCCCUUCUGGUGUCCAGUUCCUGAGCAUUGCCUUAUCUCCUCACCCUGCCUCUGGCCCAGCUUCUCUCCCAGGCUGCAAACGAGGCACCCAGCACAGGGGAACAUGGGUGGGCCAGCUGACAGAACCCCAUGCAUUCCAUGCCUCCUGCUGAGGCAUCCUCAGAGCGCAUGCAUCCUGAGCUCUUGCACAGCAUGGAGGGCCUGGAGGUGAGGCCAGACAGCUGAGGACCUGGGGAUGGAGAGGAAGCUCUUUGCUCAGAGAACCAGGCAACCGAUAAAUAUUUAAUUCUCUUUUUUGCUUUUAUCUCCUGACCCACUGAGACAAAUCAGCUCAUUAGACAGUGAUUCCCGGAGCUCAGAGAGCAGGGAGAAUGCCUGGAAAGAUGGGACAAGGAUGGAGAGCAGCUUGUCAGGCCCUCUCUCAAACAUCCUUCAAGAAGGCCCUUUAGAAGAGGACCACUAGAUGGCUUGGAGGGAGUUCCCUGAGAGGUAUGGGGGGUAGAGCGCUCCAGGGUCGAAAGGGUUCAGCUGACUCAUAUACCAGCCGCCCAUCUCUGGACUCAGACGUCUCCCUGGAGGAGGACCGGGAGAGUGCCCGGCGGGAAGUGGAGAGCCAGGCUCAGCAACAGCUUGAAAGGGCCAAGCACAAACCUGUGGCAUUUGCUGUGAGGACCAAUGUCAGCUACUGUGGUGUACUGGACGAAGAGUGCCCGGUCCAGGGCUCUGGAGUCAACUUUGAGGCCAAAGAUUUUCUGCACAUUAAAGAGAAGUACAGCAACGACUGGUGGAUCGGGCGGCUAGUGAAGGAGGGCGGGGACAUCGCCUUCAUCCCCAGCCCCCAGCGCCUGGAGAGCAUCCGGCUCAAGCAGGAGCAGAAGGCCAGGAGAUCUGGGAACCCCUCCAGCCUGAGUGACAUUGGCAACCGACGCUCCCCUCCUCCAUCUCUAGCCAAGCAGAAGCAAAAGCAGGCGGAACACGUUCCCCCGUAUGAUGUGGUGCCCUCCAUGCGGCCUGUGGUGCUGGUGGGACCCUCUCUGAAAGGUUAUGAGGUCACAGACAUGAUGCAGAAGGCUCUCUUUGACUUCCUCAAACAUAGGUUUGAUGGCAGGAUCUCCAUCACCCGUGUCACAGCUGACCUCUCACUGGCAAAGCGAUCCGUGCUCAACAAUCCUGGCAAGAGGACCAUCAUUGAGCGUUCCUCGGCCCGCUCCAGCAUUGCUGAAGUGCAGAGUGAAAUCGAGCGCAUAUUCGAGCUGGCCAAAUCCCUGCAGCUGGUAGUGUUGGAUGCUGACACCAUCAACCACCCAGCACAGCUGGCCAAGACCUCACUGGCCCCCAUCAUCGUCUUUGUCAAAGUGUCCUCUCCAAAGGUACUCCAGCGCCUCAUCCGCUCCCGGGGGAAGUCACAGAUGAAGCACCUGACGGUACAGAUGAUGGCAUAUGAUAAGCUGGUCCAGUGCCCGCCGGAGUCAUUUGAUGUGAUUCUGGAUGAGAACCAGCUGGAGGAUGCCUGUGAGCACCUGGCCGAGUACCUGGAGGUUUAUUGGCGGGCCACCCACCACCCAGCCCCUGGCCCUGGCCUUCUGGGCCCUCCCAGUGCCAUCCCUGGCCUUCAGAACCAGCAGCUGCUGGGGGAGCGUGGCGAGGAGCACUCGCCCCUGGAGCGGGACAGCUUGAUGCCCUCAGAUGAGGCCAGCGAGAGCUCCCGCCAAGCCUGGACAGGAUCUUCACAGCGUAGCUCCCGCCACCUGGAAGAGGACUAUGCAGACACCUACCAGGACCUGUACCAGCCUCAUCGCCAACACACCUCGGGGCUGCCUAGUGCCAAUGGGCACGACCCCCAAGACCGGCUCCUAGCCCAGGACUCAGAGCACAACCACAAUGACCGGAACUGGCAGCGCAACCGGCCUUGGCCCAAGGAUAGCUACUGAUAGCCUCCUGCUGCCCUCCCCUAGCAGGCACAGGCACAGCUGGCUGGGCGCCCCGUCCAGGCAGGCUGGAGUUAGACUGGCAUUGGGCUGGCACUAGGCUCAGCCCCCCAAAAGCCCCUGCUCAGCCCCAGCUCCAGGGCUGCCUGUACUCCCAAGGUUCCAGGGGAAGCAGGGGGGCCCCCUCACCUCCUGGGCACAGUGACCACCACCCCCAGGCUCCCAUUCCAGGUACUAGCUGUGUGUGCUGCACCCAUGGCUCCUUUUUGUCCUCUUGCACAAGAAGCUGCCCCACUGGGCAGUGCCCUCAGGCCAGGAUCCCCUUAGCAGGGGCCUUCCCACCAGACUCAGGGAAGAGAUGCCCCAUCAAAGUGACAAGAGGGUAGGGGUGUGGGCAGCAUAGCAUGAGGAAGCAAGGUCUCUAAGUAGGCACAAGUCCUAACAGUCAAAGGACUCAAGGGUUGGGCUUUGGGGUCCAAGGGCCUCCACUCACCUCACUGCCACAUAUUAGAAGUAAGACAAUCAAAGCCCAACAGGGUGGCACUCCUGUCCCGUCAGCUGGGGUGGGGCAUCCACACACAUGGUUGGAGCAGCAGGCAGGAUAGGCUGGGGCCAAAGGCCUCACAGCUGAAGUUCUGAAGUGAAGGACUCUCCUCACCUGCCAGGUAGUUAAGAUCUGACAGAACCAGGGACCAGGAACAUGGUCAAGCCAAAUGGCAGACAGGAGCCAACUGGGCUUGGGGUUUAGAAAGGAAGGGUACAUAUAGUGGAGAAAGUAUGGAACAGUUUGGGGGCCUCCUUGCCCUUCAUCCUUUCACUCUUGCAUCCCAUCAUUUCUGUUCUUGGCCCUCAUGCCUCCUGGGGGAUAUGGACUCCAGACUUUAUUCCCUCAUAGCUGCUGCUUGUAAAGUUAGGGUUAGAUGGGGAGAUAGGAUACAGUGGGCAGACCCCAGAGGCCCUGUCUACUGCUAGCCUUGCCUUACGGCUCUAGUAUGUGAUCUAUAGAGCAUGUUACACAAGAACCUGUCCCACCUGUCAUCACUAAUAAACACAUGCCGUCCCUCGG